UUUGGAGGGAGCGAGAGAGAGACAGAGAGACAGAGAGAAAGAGUAUGUUGGAGGUGGGAGGCAAAUGUGCCAUUAUGAACAACCCUCAUCUGUUACAAACUCUUCUCUUCUCUCUCUUAAUAUCCUCGGCUUACGGUGAUGGCGAUGGGAACACGACAACUGAUAUAGUCGAGACAAUCAAAUACUUUAUUAUUCACGAAUCUAGCUUGAUAACUUUCAAGAAUCUCAGCGUCAAUGAGCUUGAGAAUAUGACUGACUAUGUCUGGAAAAACCUCACCAUCUACAAGGUUGACAACAUCACGAGAGGCCACUUGACUGGUGCGGUCACUACGGUGUUCAUUCCAACUCUCUACAUUCUGGUGUUCGGCAUUGGGCUGCCCGCCAACGCACUGGGGCUCUGGAUAAUGAUCACGAAAAUCAGGAAGCUGCCCUCCACCAUCUUCCUCAUCAACCUGGCCACCUCAGACCUGCUCCUCAUCCUCAUGCUGCCCUUCAAGAUCUCCUACCACCUGAUGGGCAACGACUGGAUAUUCGGCGAGGCUUUGUGCCGACUCUACACCGGGCUCUUCUACGGCAACAUAUACUGCUCCAUCCUCCUCCUCACCUUCAUCAGCGUCGACCGCUACUUCGCCCUGGUCCACCCGUUCCUCUCGCUGGGCUUCAGGGACAAGAGGCUUGCCUGUGGUGUUUGCCUGGGCACCUGGGCCCUGGUGUCUCUCUCUCUGCUGCCUUUCCUCCUGGUGCAGCAAACCUACCAUAUCCACAACCUAAACGUCACCACCUGUCACGACUCGUUGCUCUCGGAGCAACGUAGCGGCUAUUUCUUCUAUUACUUCGCUUCCCUGGUCAUCGUGGAGUUUGCCCUGCCCUGUGCCAUCACCCUGUUCUGCUACGGCUCCAUCAUCAAGACCCUGGCGUUCAACGAGAAGAAAUACAAGCGGGCGGCGGGCGCGACCACCCUCACCCUCCUGGUCUACGUGCUGUGCUUCACUCCCAGCAACGUCAUCCUCCUGACUCACCACCUGCAGUUCUUCCUCAACCACCACAGCGACCUGUACAUCUACUACAUGCUCAGCCUGGCUCUCAGUGGCUUCAGCAGCUGCCUGGAUCCCUUCAUCUACUAUUUUGUGUCCGACGACUUCAGAGCCAAGGUCCAAGCGACACUUUGCUCCCGCAAGGAGAAGGGCGGCCGGGAAACCUCGCCAAAAGUCUUGCGAGUGAAGCCCCCCAUCAACACGGUCCCCUUGACAUCCUCCUUCACCUCCACCGCCACAGCCGCAGCCGCGCCCCAGCUUUUGAACAGCCUGGAGACCUGACCACACAGGGAGACUGACUGACUGAAGCAGAAAGAAAUACGGAACCCUUACAUUUUAACAGCCUCCUCCCUCACCACACACACUGACACACACACAUACACUGAC